AAAAAAAAAACAAGGAAGAGACGUGAACAAGGAAGUGAUCCAGGACCUUCAGAGGCAUGAGAUUCCUCCAGUGAAGUGCUUUCCUGCGGGUUGUGCGCGUCUCUUCUGAAGCGUGGUUGAACCGUAAUGGCUCGGAGCUUCCCGACGGUCGGUGCGGAGAGCCUGGAGGAGAUUCACCGGACAUAAAGGGACGGACGAACGGACGGGAGAGGAGCUGCUGUUUUGACAGCUGGGAUUAUCCUCCACUGUCCCUCUGUCUGCCUCAAAGAGACAAUCCGAACCGAACUGAGGUAACAACUUCCAGGAGAGGAAUCCACUUCAUGCUGAGGGGAACCUGAAGGGCUGACGGUAAAGGAAAAGGUUCCCACCAUGGCUUCAGCCCGGCUGAAGUACCUCUCCCUGGGCGUGCUGGUAUUCCAGACCACCUCGCUGGUGCUCACGAUGCGGUACUCCCGCACCCUCCAGGCCGAGGGCCCGCGGUACCUGGCGUCCUCAGCCGUGGUGGUGGCCGAGGUCAUGAAGAUCCUCGCCUGUGUGCUGCUCGUUUUCAAGGAGCACAGUUACAGCAUGCGAGCUCUGAACAGCAUCCUGCGUCAGGAAAUCCUCCAUAAACCCGUGGAGACGCUGAAGCUGGCCAUCCCCUCGGGGAUCUACACGCUGCAGAACAACCUGCUGUACGUCGCCCUGUCCAACCUGGACGCCGCCACAUAUCAGGUGACGUACCAGCUGAAGAUCCUGACCACGGCCCUGUUCUCUGUCUCCAUGCUUGGCCGGAGGCUGGGGAUCUACCAGUGGCUCUCCUUGCUGAUCCUGAUGGGCGGAGUGGCUCUCGUGCAGUGGCCCUCUGAGUCUGCGGCGGCCCCAGAGAAGGAGGCCCGCUCCACAGGCUCCCAGUUCGUCGGGGUCACGGCGGUCCUGGUGGCGUGCUGCUCCAGCGGCUUUGCCGGCGUCUACUUUGAGAAGAUCCUGAAGGAGAGCAAACAGAGCGUGUGGGUCCGCAACAUUCAGCUCGGAAUGUUCGGCUUUGUGUUUGGCCUCUUUGGCAUGCUAGCAUACGACGGGGAGCGGGUGAGAGAGUCUGGGAUGUUUCAGGGAUACAACACGAUCACCUGGACGGUCGUAGCCCUGCAGGCGCUGGGUGGUCUGGUCAUAGCAGCGGUCAUCAAGUAUGCGGACAACAUCCUAAAAGGUUUCGCCACGUCACUCUCCAUCAUCCUGUCCACUCUUAUAUCCUACUUCCUGCUGCAGGACUUUGACCCCUCAAGCGUGUUCUUCCUCGGGGCAGUUUUGGUCAUCACCGCCACUUUCCUGUACGGCUACGAAGGCAAGCCGCCUGCCAACCCCAGCAGGGCUUAAGCUGACUCUAUGGUGGCUUCAGGAGGUCCAGUUGAAGCCUCAAGACGGCGGAGAGGAGGAAGGACAGACGAGAGCGCUGAGGGGACAGAAAAAAAGGAGGGAUGAAGGGGGAGGGGAAGGAGGUCUUCAUCACAUAUUGUGAUCAGAGGACAGAAAUGCAAGCACAACACUGUGGUUGGUCUCGCACCGAAAGUGCCUCACUUCUGAAGGAGAAGCGAUUUUUUUCUUGUGUGGGGGGGGGAGGAGAAAACACAAGAGUGUGUGUUUUUUUUCCUUUCCUCUCUUUACUGUGGCAGAGAUGUCCUGGCUGCCACGUCUACAGGAAACGGACGGACUGAUUGCGUUCAUGAAGGACCAGUUUGACAACCAGUAACCGUUUACUGCCACACCGGCCACACCCAUGCAGUAAAUGAUUGCAGAGGAAGAGAGCACCUCUACAGCCAUAGUAUUUAUUGCUCUUUUUGUCCGUUUUAAGCAAACAUUAGAACCUGAUGUGAGAUGCUAACAGAUCACUAAACUCAAACAGGUCAAUAACUCUGGCUGAAAAGGGUCCAGUGUAGCUCAGGUGUUACACGCCCUUCACACACACUUGAACUGCAGUGGCCUGCACACUUUAUGGCACCCUAAUGAAGAUGGGGAAGGGGGAAAAAAGGCUCAACUUAAAUUAGGCUGUUAUUUUUAGAAAAUCUAACCUUUAAUUUAAGCUGAUGUAUCCCACAUUGCAACAGACCCAGUUUUUUUCCUUUCCCUGAUAUUUAAAUAUGACUCUUCAAAUUGGGUAACACUGAAAAACAUGUGGGUUAGUGAAGACAGAUGUGCAUUCAUUGUCAGUCGCUACUGAAUGACUGAAAUGCUACAGGAAAAUGGCUUCCCAACAACAAUAAUUAAAAACUUAAAUUAAGGCUGCAGCAAACGAUCUAAGUUUAUUUUACCAGUAUGCUUGGUGAAGAGGAUGGGAAGGGAAAGUCUGAACGACAACCAGGAAAAGACAUUUUCUGGUAAUUUGGGAAAUGGGUUAAUAUUUGUGGAAACCUUUGCAUAACACUUGCUGUUGGGGGUCAAAAGACUCAUUUUGUUAAAAAAAAAAAGAAAAGGGAUUUGGUUUCAAUUAUUUCCAUCCUCCUGGGACUGUGUGAGUUAAAGUUGAUCUGAGGGACAUCAUUUAAUAUUUUUGGAGUACUUAGUUUCCCAUUCCCAGCGUGAAAAAAACAACUGUAGUUUGUGGGAACCUCGUUAGAUUGCGUCCCACACAGUAAUGGUGGAAAUCAUAUGUUCAAAUCUAAACGGAUACAAAUCACCAGUCAGAUCCAACUCACUCCACAGGCCUUAAUCAUACGGGAAAACCUGUUUGGUGAGCUGAGAAGAAGAAAACUUAAGAGCUGACCCAAAACUGUGGAUAACCUGGAGAGACUGUACAGGUGCCAAAAGAGGGGAUAUGAGCAGCACAUAUGGCAGCAGUGAGUUUAGUAAAAAAAAAAAAUUAUUUCACAAUAUUCUAAAUAUUUUCUAGUGUGUAAGUUCGCCUAAACGAAAGGUUAGAUUCCUCUCGUCUUUGCCAGGGGUGCCAGUCAGUUUGAAAGGUUCCACAAACACAUUUUCUUAAGACACAGACGGUUUCAUUGACUACAACUUGUGUUUUCUAAAUGACUGGUGUCUUUCUUCAGUCCGUGAAAUGUCUCGUCAUCAAACUCAGAGAGACUCUGUGACGGGAUCGCUCCGCCGUCGUCUCAGCCAGCUGGAAUCAAACUUUCGACUGUAAUUUGGA